AGAAACAGGAAGUAAUUAUGACAAUGAUGUCAACAAAGAACUUUAGCAAGAAGAAAAGUAUUGAGACUUAGCUAGAUCUAGAUGUAGAUUCAAAUCGUUACGGAUACAUCUAUUGGGAUUUUUUUUUUUCAUUGCAUACAGUGUACGCUUUAAUGGACUUUGUCAUUGCAUCCUUUCCUCUCUCCGCUGGUUAGAUUCUAACAUCCAUUGUUUCACACACCGGGGUGUUUCUGACUUAGAGAAUGGAUCCUCAGACUGAUGAAUCGAUGUUCAUGCUCUUCUGUAUAACCUCUGUGUUUUUUACUGUCGGAGUUCCGAGUAACAUACUUAGCAUCAAAGUGUUGCGUUGUCCCAGGUUAGGAAAGAAUAACCUGUCCACCAUCUUAUGCAGUCACUGCAUCUUUAGCAUCAUGACCCUUCUGACCUACACGCUCAGGAUGUUUAUAAUGGCCGUCACUCGCAGAGACCCUGCGUACCACAGUGAACAAGUCUGUGGAGCUUGGAUCUCGUUUGGUCAUUAUUUCAUCAGUAUAUCGAGUUGGCACCAAGCGGCGUUGUGUUUGUAUAUUCACUUCUUACUGACUGACAAGAACAGGCCGUUGCUAAAUCAGAGAGAGACGUUCUUCAUGAUAGUCAUUAUUUCCUUCCUCUGUGCCUUCUAUGUGUUUAACGUUGGCUUUUUUGGUAUUCACUACAUCUCAAGCAGAGGUGUGUUCGUGAUGUGCCAUGUCCACAAGAUAUUGUUUUGGAACGUGGUGACGGCCAUGUCGGCUGCUGUCCUUCCAGGGACGUUUGUGUUGCUAAGCUACAGUUACCUUGGUUACCUGUAUCACAGAGACUUGCUUCCCAAACGGAUGAGCUACGGAAUCAAAAGUUUGAUAGAAGAACUGACCACUCUUGUGAUAGGGACCAACUUGACCUUUCUACUGACCACCUUCCCUGUCCACUUGUACUCGCUUAUCAUUGUACCGCCUUCUUGGACUCGAGAGACAACCUUACUCUGGAUCCCAUCAGAUUCGAAAGUAAGUUCUUUUCUUAUCUUGGUGAACCAAGUCACAGCUUUCGGCACCUAUUACUUCACGGGGAGAAUAUUUCAUAGGAAAGCGACGAAAUUAAUCCAGUCAUUUCAAGCUUGGCUAUAUGGCUCAAAAUCUAGGGUGAACAAGUCAUCAAUAUACGUCCGGAACUCAGCCAUCCAGAACUCAAUGCGCAGUGAUGUGACCAGUAUGUCCAGCUUGUGCUCCGCCGGACAUUCCUCGGAAAUGUACAAGCAGCUGCUAGAAGACGAUCCGAAACAAGUUUGGAGAGACGAGGAGACGCGCAAAGUACCCACACCACUGACUCACAGAUCUAAUUCAACUGAAGUGUAGCUUUACUGUAGAUGUAGCACUCAACGAACAUACAGUGUAGCCUAAGUGUAGAUGUAGCACUCAAUGAAGAUACAGUGUAGCCUAAGUGUAGAUGAAAACUCAACGAACAUAGACUCUAGUUUAACUGUAGAUUUAGAACUCAACGAACAUUCAGUCUAGCCUAAGUGUAGGUGUAGAACUUAAAGAGCAUACAGUCUAGCCUAACUGUAGAUGUAGAACUCAACGAACAUAUAGUGUAGCCUAACUCUAGAUGUAGAACUCAACGAACAUAUAGUGUAGCCUAAGUGUAGAUGUAGAACUCAACGAACAUAUAGUGUAGCCUAAGUGUAGAUGUAGAACUCAACGAACAUGUAGUGUAGCCUAGCUGUAGAUGUAGAACUCAACGAACAUAUAGUGUAGCCUAGGUGUAGAUGUAGAACUCAACGAACAUUUUAGUGUAGCCUAAGUGUAGAUGUAGAACUCAACGAACAUAUAGUGUAGCCUAAAUGUAGAUGUAGAAAUCAACGAACAUAUAGUGUAGCCUAAGUGUAGAUGUAGAACUCAACGAACAUAUAGUUUAGCCUAAGUGUAGAUGUAGAACUCAACGAACAUAUAGUGUAGCCUAAGUGUAGAUGUAGCACUCAACGAACAUAUAGUGUAGCCUAAGUGUAGAUGUAGAACUCAACGAACAUAGAGUGUAGCCUAACUGUAGAUGUAGAACUCAACGAACAUAUAGUGUAGCCUAACUGUAGAUGUAGAACUCAACGAACAUAGAGUGUAGCCUAACUGUAGAUGUAGAACUCAACGAACAUAUAGUGCAGCCUAAGUGUAGAUGUAGAAUUCAACGAACAUAUAGUGUAGCCUAACUGUAGAUGUAGAACUCAACGAACAUAUAGUGCAGCCUAAGUGUAGAUGUAGAACUCAACGAACAUAGAGUGUAGCCUAACUGUAGAUGUAGAACUCAACGAACAUAUAGUGUAGCCUAAGUGUAGAUGUAGAGCUCAACGAACAUAUAGUGUAGCCUAAGUGUAGAUGUAGAACUCAACGAACAUAUAGUCUAGCCUAACUGUAGAUGUAGAACUCAACAAACAAAUAGUGUAGCCUAAGUGUAGAUGUAGAACUCAACGAACAUAUAGUGUAGCCUAAGUGUAGAUGUAGAACUCAAUGAACAUAGAGUGUAGCCUGUCAUUCGAAUGAACUAAUCAGUUUCAUGCUGGAGUUGUAUAAAAAAUACAAAUGACUUGGAAGA